AUGUCUGCUGAUUUAGAAAAUCAACAACCACAAGAUCAUACUUUGAUCAUUGAAAAUAACGGUGCUACUCAACCACAUGACCCAUCUCACCCAGUCACCAAGGUUCAUACUGAUGGUGAUUAUGUUCAAUUUGGUAAUGAACGUUAUUUACGUUCUGAAUUAGUUGAAGCUUUUGGUGGUACUUUAAACCCAGGUUUAGCUCCACCACCAAAACAUGACUUUGCUAACCCAGCUCCAUUAGGUUUAUCUGCUUUUGCUUUAACUACUUUUGUCUUAUCAUUAAUUAACUGUGAAGCUCGUGGUGUUACUAUUCCAAACAUUGUUGUUGGUUUAGCUUUCUUCUACGGUGGUGCUGCUCAAUUAUUAGCUGGUAUGUUUGAAAUUGCUGUUGGUAACACUUUUGGUGGUGUCGCUUUAAGUUCUUAUGGUGGUUUCUGGGGUGCUUGGGCUGCUAUUAAUGUUCCAUCCUUUGGUAUUUUGGCUGCUUAUGAAGGUGAACCUGAACAAUUAAGAUAUGCUUUAGGUAUUUUCUUGGUUGGUUGGUUUAUCUUUACCUUUUUCAUGAUGUUGAUGACUGUUAAAUCUACUGUUGCUUUCUUCGGAGUAUUUUUCUUUUUACAACUUACAUUUUUACUUUUGGCUAUUUCUGAAUUUAAGAAUUCUGUUCCAUGUAAGAAGGCUGGUGGUGUUUUAGGUUUGAUUACUGCUUUCUUGGCUUGGUACAAUGCUUACGCUGGUAUUGCCAACCCACAAAACAGUUAUAUCAAUAUUAAGGCUAUUCCAUUACCAGAUUUACAAGAUAGAUCAAAGUAA